ACAGAUGGUCAUCAAAUACGUUGUACGCUCACAAGUCUGUCAGUGUUUGGUUUACAACUUGCCGGUUACCAUGGACUCUAAGUUACCAAUACCUAGACAAAGGAUUGUUUGUGUAUUGUUAACAGUGUGUAUGGCUGUACCCAAUACUAAAUCCGAACUCGAAAGCGUAGCAGUUAAUGGUGUCAGUCAUUAUGGUACUAGUCCACAAAAAGAAGUUCAAACCACAAGCAUCUCAUUGGAUUAUAGAGCAAGAAGUAAUAACUUUAUUUCCAAUGGAAAUUUUUUCCAAGAUCUUGUCACAAUGACGUACAACAAGCAAGAGCAGUACAAUAGUAGUGGCAGUGACAUCUAUGGGAGGACAAGUGGAUUAACAAAUUGCAAGUUUUGUGGGAAACUUUUAUCUUGUGUUAAACUUGCAUUGUUAUUCAACGUUGCUGAAACUCUAAGGAUUAUUAAUGAAAAGUAUAGGCUCAAUCAGUCUUUCGAAGCAUUCAAUGGAUUGGUGUCUUCAGAAAGAAAUACUGGGAGUGAGUUGGGUGCAUUCUACAAGUGGCAUGAAAGUGAUAUCAGUGACGGACGUACGUUACAUAUGCUCCUUGUGUCAGGGAUUACAGAAUUGUUCCAGAACAGAAGCUUGACUUUCACAUUUGUCCCUGGAAUAAUAGUGAACGUUCUGACCAAGAAAAUGGGCCCGGGUCUGGUUAAUUUAUCCGUUAAACUAGUUCAUGGCGGUGAAAAGGAUGGAAUCCAUUUUGUUGAAACAGUCGCAGACGGCCGAAAAUUGUUGGAGGUGCAGCCGUGGAUGCUGAUACCUGGAGCGGUGAUGAUGCUCGUAACGUCAGCUAUGAUGUUCAACAACAUGGUUCUGUUGGGCGCAGUCCUCAUGACACUCCGAAACCUCGUGUUCGGCAAUCGUCCCGGCGGUGUCAUCGUUUACGAUAACCUGGGAUACGAGAAGGAACCACCAUUGCCCCAUCACCCCGGAUUAAGACAACCCGCAAAGCAUGGGUCCACCUCUGAAGCCUACAAGGGGCUGCCGGUCACUUCACAGGCUCCCAGGAUGCCUCAUAAGUUGGCUCCUGCUCAGUGA